AUGAGCGAAUAUCAUACUAGUCCUGGUCAGCCACCGCCUCUUGGAAACCGCUGGGUGAAGCGAUUCCUCGACCGUCAUCCAGAUAUAUUGGCAAAGAAACAGCGGAUGCGAGAUCUGAAGCGAAGGAACGCAGAGAACGUACAGGAUAAUACCGACUGGUUUUCCGCAUUUCAUGAGGUCUGCACAGAGAAUCAGAUCCCCGACGAAACCGAAACUGCCCGUCCGGUUACGCCUCCACCUCCAACCGAUAUCAUUUUCACCACGCCAAAAACAGUACGAGGGACACAGCGAUUGGUGGAUCAUAUACAGGAGGAGAUAUUGAAGGUGGCGGACGUUCCAGCCGACCUGGUCGCCCGCAUCAAUCAGCUCAAUCACGGCGCGCAGACACAGGCCUUGGAGGCGAAAAAGGCCAUGCUAGACCUUCACGAAUCAGACCUCGCAAAACGCAUGCGUAAGCUCAAUGAUAACGUGUCACGACGACACGUUUUCAGCGGUGGUCUAUUAUCAAUUGAGGAAUGUCGUCAUAUCGUCGACAAUAGGGAGACAGAGCGUCUGGAAAAGGAAAAACAGAAGGAGGAACGGGAAUAA